AUGCUCUCCAGAAACUUCGUACUAUUUCAGCUUUCUUUAAUCUUAACAAUAUUAAUAUGUAAUAAUUUUGUUGCAACCUCAUUACCAAUUAAAAGAAGUCCUAUCUCACUAGAUAAACGGGAAAGGUGUGUGUGGUGGCCUUGCUACAGCAGCGGCAGCGUUACAGGAGACAUAAACGGAGACGGAGACCAUUACGGAAUUGGAUACACAAACCCUGGUGGUUCCUCUUCUAUUGGCUCAAUUUCUUCUUCCGCCUAA